AUGCACUUACCAUACAAACACAGUACUCUGCACCAUAUCAGGACGACUCCAGGACCUCCAGUAGCCAGCAAGCUUCGACGCCUGGAUCCACUUCGCAUGCAAGCUGCGAAGCAAGAGUUCUCAGACAUGCUCGCCAGUGGCACAGCUAGACCAUCGGAAAGCGCUUGGUCUUCUCCCCUUCACAUGGUAAAGAAAAAAGACGAUAGUUGGAGGCCACGUGGAGACUACAGAGCACUGAACUAUAGAACUAUACCUGAUCGAUAUCCCAUCCGUCAUAUCCACGACUUCUCGUAUCAACUCGCGGGCUGUUCUGUCUUUUCUACCAUCGACUUUGUUAAGGCGUACAAUCAGAUUGCUGUCAAUCCAGAUGACAUUAUGAAAACGGCGAUCAUGACUCCAUUUGGAUUAUACGAAUUUCCGUUCAUGAAUUACGGUUUAAGAAACGCAGCACAGACCUUCCAGAGGUUCAUUGACGAGGUGUUGCUAGGACUCGACUUCUGCUACGGAUAUAUAGAUGAUAUCUUGGUAUUUUCGGCAUCCAUCCAAGAGCACAAGAACCAUCUGCGGCAACUCUUUGAACGCCUAAAUCAGUACAGCGUCGUGGUAAACACUGCCAAGUGUAUACUUGGCCAGCCAGAAGUCACGUUCCUGGGAUACCACGUGUCAGCUGCAGGUACAAAACCACUUGAGUCUAAACUCGAAACUAUCAGGCAAUACCCCGUUCCGAAAACGGUCAAAGCGCUAAGACGUUUCAUAGGCAUGCUAAACUUCUACCGUCGCUUUGUUCCCAACGCAGCCCAACUUCAAGCAUCGCUGAAUGAGGUUUUCAGUGGCUCAAAAAUCAAAGAGUCUCAUCCGAUAGUCAUGACUCCGCAAUUACUUCGAGCCUUCGAAGACUGUAAGGAAUCACUAUCUCAAGCAACUCUUCUCGCUCAUCCAGACCCAGCUGCAGAACUAGCAAUAGUGACAGAUGCGUCUGAAACUGCCAUAGGCGCCGUGCUUCAACAACGGAAAGGUAAGGAUUGGGUACCACUUGCUUUUUAA